AUGUUCAAGAUGAGUUCCGUGAACAUUCUAAAUGCCAGCCUUCAAUCCUUCCUGUUUGCGUGCUUUACAAUAACUGCUGUUAUUUCUAUUAUAACGUACACGGAGAUUGAUAAGGUGGAGCUAUUAUUAUUCGCUAUAGGCCUGUUUGUAAUGAUUUUGUUGAUGACAACACAUAUAUAUAACGAAUGCUUUCGAUUAUACCACAAACUAUUUGAUACCAGUAUCCUACUUUCAGGUUUUAUGUUUUAUUUGGGAACAGGCUUAUGUUUGUUUGUUCAAAUCUUGCAAGGAAACUUUAAGAAACACAAUUCAAGGAUAAAAGAUUGGCGUCUCAUUUUGUUUCCAGUUUUCAUAGUCUCUGCAAUGAUGUUUGCUUGGCUAAUUGCCUUUAUGAUAUUUUUAUAUGUGUUUGAAAAAACCAAGCAGUUAGAUACAUCUCUGGGAGGAACCGAAGUUGAGACUUCUUCACUUAAGACAAACUAUACAGAGGAAUUUUAUGAGCAAGGUGAUAAAUAUUUAAUAGGAGCUUAUCCAAAAUCAUUGCAAAAAGAGACAGGUGUCUCGAAGAAGAUUUCAGAGAUAACUUUAACUAACGAAGAUGAUAAUUUAAUGAUUGGGGUUGACAUGGCCGAUGGUAACCCAAAAGAAAAUACUAUAGAAUGCAUCAUCAAGAAUUCAUUUAAAAAUACAGAUGCUGCUCUCGAUUGUAAUAAUUACAUUUCAAAAAAUUGGAUGGAUACCGGUGAAAGCUUGAAUAAUUUGGCCGAGUUUGUUAAAAAAGAUUUAUUGUACGGUAUACCAAAAUGUGGGCCACAUCACAGGUCCAUUAGUGUAGGUGCUCACUUCAUCAAUGAGGGAGAUAACCGCAUGGUGAUGCAGUCGAAAAGUGUACCUAAUCUCAACAAAAAUCAUAUUAAAAAAUUACUGAAAGAUUGCCAAAGCAGAGAAGGGUUUGGAACAGAUACUUUUAUAACAAGAAAUCAAAAAUUGUUGUCGUUAAAGAAUGAGCGGAAGUUCAUCUCCAGAUUUGAUCAGUCAUUAUUACCAUCUGUGCUCAAAAGAGGCGAGAGCCUGAUUGAUCAGUUCAAAAGACAAAAAAGCGAUCUUAAAACAGAAAACAAGCAAAUUAGCUCUCCGAAGAACUAUGAAUUCCAACAAAGCCCUGCGGUCAACUAUACGUAUUACGCUAAUAAUAAUACUGAUAAUUCUAGCAUGCUGGAAACUCGAAACAUACCAACUCAAACUGGCGACAGAUUGCAACCAAUUAUCUCAGGAAAAGAGGAUUGGGAUGAAAAUGACUAUGGAGACACUUUGAAGGGGCUAGAAAAGAUCCCAGUUCGAUCGUCUUCCCAAAACUCUUGGUCUCAAAAUUUUGCCAAUGAAGGGCAAGAGAUGAGGAAUAUUUCUUUGAAAGAAUGGGACCUUAAUGCAGAGGCAUGGCUUCAAAAUAGAAUCAGGGCCGGAGAGCCUUCAAGCUUAGGAGCCCUCACUAGGUUAGCAACGGAAGGUUUGAAGAGCUUAGAUGAGGAGUCGAACGUAGUAUCAGGAUCAGGCAUGAGAGUUAGGUCUCGCGCUGAGACAAUUGGAAGCUUAUCGGAUAUACACAGCACUUCAGAAGACUCUGAAGUGAGAGAAAACCAGCACUCAUUUGCUAUUUUAAACAAGUCUUUCAGUGCUCCAUCAUUGCAUACGUUCCGCCAAAACAGCAUUGAGUCUCAUAGAAGUGUCUCCGUCGAAAAUUUACAUGAAUAUGCAGAGAAUGAUGACUUUAUGAGACGAGAAGGAGACUUCUGCAUGCCAAAGGAAGUCGUCGAUCCAAGUAGUCCCCUAACUCCUCAGUCCAGUUCUUCACCUGUGAAACGAUUCUUUAAAGAUAGCCCUAAACGAUUCAGUAAUAUUUUCAAGGGUCCCAAUAAUCACCUCAAAAGACAUACUGGUUCACUUGAUUAUACAUACGCACCAAAAUAUAACACGUUUGAAAAAACUCAUAUGUCGUCGAAGUCAGAAUCAAUAGGAUCAGUAUCUCCUAAGAGGUCAAUUAAAUCAUUCAUUGCAAACAAGUCCGUCCAUAAAUCUUUUCCUUCGCUGUCAUCAUGUCCAGGUCCAUUUCCAUCUAAAUUCAAUUCAAGAACGCACAACCACAACCCCACUUAUACAAGCUCCUUUGCCUUUUCAAGCAAUAGCUCUCACACAUUCUGGGAGCUUGACACUGAACCUAGCUCCAACAAGUCAAGAAUAAGUUCUAGCAAGUCUAGAGUAAGCUCAAUACCAAGUGCAGUAAUAGGACAGUAUGACAGAGAGAAAUGGAGUACUUUAAAGGCUCUUCAAGAGCUGGAUAAAACACUAUUACAGGUGAAUAGUAAUUAUUCACCAGCCUGUCCUUUAGAUUCUAUGCCCUAA